AUGGAAUUUGAGCAAAAGAUGCAUCUGAUUAGCAGGAGGUGUGUGGAACAUUGGACAGAAACCUGCCCUGGGCACUUGUGUCUCGUAUCUGUAGGACACGCCCUGAUUCUGAGUGCGGUGUUUCUAGGAGUUUUCCUAGCCCCAGUUUUGACCAACAUCAUUGAAAACAACCAGGGAAAUGUCGGAGGGACUUCACAUCAAUCUGUCAACAUUGAUCACCAAAGGAAGGUGGUGAAUGUAGACCACAACAACGGUUGGGAUUCUUGGAGCUCCGUCUUGGAUUAUGGCACUGGUUUCAUGGCAACCCGGAUAUUGUCCAAGAAAACCUGCUUCAUCGUCAGAAUGAAUAAACAGAUCAUGCCAGACAUAACUACUCUUCCCAAAACCAUCCGGGAAAAACAGAAGAAUCCUCGAAGUGGACCUGCCCCAAAGGAGAUCUCCUUCACCGUUUCCCAUAAGAAAAUUUCAGACCUGUCCGUCUAUGGGAAACAGGUGGAAACAUUUUGCCAAGGGAUCCCCAGCUAUCUUGCUUUUGAAAUUAAAAAGCCAAGCUUUUUCUUCUCGGAAGGAUCAUCCUGUUUCCGGAUGAACAUCCUCUUCAUUCUCCACAUCUCUUACUGCCACGAAGCCAUGUACGACUAACUCUCUCCUGGGAUACGUUGCAGGGGUUAUUACCUGCAUUGUUUCCUUCUCCCCUCAGAGGGCAGAAAAGUGAGAACGUGGCCAAUUAAACACAUGCAUUGAAC